AUGGAGCUGAAUGAGCAGGGUAUUUCUGAGCAAAAGGAUGAUAAAAAUCCUGAGCCAAAAAGAAAAAAUCCCACUAGAAAAGUGAGGGAACCCAAACACACACCAUCCAGAUCCACAAACCAAACUCCUAAACCUACUAAAGUCUCCACACAUCAAUCUUCCACCCAAACAGCUGUUGCCACACCUGCUAUAUCAACAAUUGUUGGUACUUCAGUGGUUUCAGCAAUUGUUAAACCAAAAACCACCACUUCAACCACAACAACUGCUCCCACUACAACCACCGCCCCACCAAAACAACCAUCACCACCAUCACCUCCUGUCAAAAAGCAGAAGACAGCUGAUGACACAUCAUCAGUUGUAAUGGAAACAGUGGUUUAA